GUCACACAGCCUGAGGACGGAAGACAUUUUGAAACGGACAAAAUUGUUAUUGAAAAGUUGGGCGAGGACAAACCAGACAGAUACAAUGAAGUUUACGCACUAGAUGGAACCAAUCUGAGAAAAAAUGGAGGAAGAGGUUAUCCAAGAAUACCGCUCCUCGCUGGAAGAGCUUACAGCUAACAGCAAACCACUGAUCAACAUGCUGACCAUGCUUGCAGAGGACAACGAGCAAUAUGCACCUGAAAUCGUUAAAGUCAUUGAAACGCAUUUACAACAGGCUGAGGCUGACAAGAAGCUACCGACUCUGUACUUAAUUGACUCCAUAAUCAAGAAUCUCCCCAAAUCAUCGUACCCUUCUUUAUUUGCUCAAAACAUUGUACAGACAUUCUGUGCAACUUUUGAAAAGGUUGAUGAGAAGACGAGGCAAUCCAUGUACAAAGUCCGACAAACGUGGGGUGAAAUAUUUAAAAACCGAAAAUUGUAUGCCAUAGAUGUACGAGUAAAUCACAUGGAUCCUGCCUGGCCAAUUACAGCAGUCGCAGAAACGGAUAAAAGCAACAUAUUUGUCAAUCCUAAGUUCAUUGCAAAGAAGGAAGAGGAAUCGCUGCUACCUGAGCUUCCGGUUGUACCUGAAGUAGAUGAGGAAACGCUGAUGAGACAGCAGUUAAUUGCAAAGAAAGCAGAAUUAUUAAAAAUUCAGCAACAAAAACUUGAAAUGGAGCUGAGGGAACUUGAAGAGGCCACACAACGCACAUCUCAACAAAAGGGUCAUAAGGUAGCAAAAGUUGAGGAUAGUUUAUUAAGUGGAAUGGGCUCUGUGAACACUACAAUGACCACCAUGACGAGUCGAGAUCCCAGAACCAAUCGUGACCCAAGAACUGCACGUGAUCCACGAUUACGAGAUCCCAGGCUUCAGAACAAACCAUCUCCUGUCAGCAAUGCAGCGUCUUUUCCACCCAUGUCGCAGAUUGCAUCAUCAGCUAUACCAGGAAUUCCUGGACCAGAGACUUUGAUGUCCUUUCAUGGUAUGCCUCCUCAUAUGAUGCCAGGCAUGCUGUCUCAACCCCCGCCUGGACUUUUUCCCCCAACUGUUAUGAGUCAACUUCCCCCAGGAAUGCCACCUACCUCUUCUAUGCCAUUCUCGAUACCCUCUAGUCAGCCUCCACAUGCUCAAAAAAUAUUUAGUGAAAACUUAAGCAAUCAAGGAUUCGGUGACAGAGUACUGCCAACAGUGCCUCAAAUUGGUGAUGAUUCUGAAAAGGAAAAGUCUGUUGAACAUCAAAGACAGUCUUUAGAAAAGGGAACUCUGAGAAGUGAACUUGAAAGACGAGCAAAAGAAAAUGAAAAUGAAGUCAAGCAAAAAAGUGAUAGUGAUUCUCAUAAACAAAAAACUAAAGAAUCUAAAAGCAAGGAGUCAUCUAGUAGCAAAGACAGAAGAAGUGCCGAAAGUAGAAACAGGGAUUCAAAGGAAAGGGCUAAGGAUUCCAGAUCUAGGCGAGGAAGUCCGCGCCAUGAAAGGGGAAGUAGCAAAGAAUCCAGGGGUAGGGAUGAUGAAAAGAAAAAAAUCCAUGUGGAUGAGGAUGCAAAGAAAACUGAAGAGGAUAGAAAAAGAGGCUCGAAAACAAAAUCCAGAUCAACUAAAAGCAGGACUGAGGAAGAUUCUGACAGCAAGGAUUCAAGGAGGGAAAAAGACAAAUCACCUCUUUUGAAGGAAAGAUCAAGAUCACCUGUUUCAAGAAAGCACCAUUCCUCUAAGGAGAAAAAGUCUCCAAAGAAAACUGAAGUAAUUGAGAAAGUGGAAGUGAAGAAAGAAGUGUCUCCUGAACCAAUAGAAUCUGAAGAUAAAUUGGAUGUUGAAAAGAAGCCCGGAUUGUUUGAAUCGGGGUACAAAAUUCCUAAAAAGGAAGUUGCAGCAGAAGAUAAAGAUGACUUGGAUGAGCGACAACAGAAGACCAAUGGAAAUGGCAGAGACCCUAAAUUAGUGAAAGUCAAUUCCAAACGAGACCUCAGUGAGUUGGGAGAAAAUGCAGGCAAGACUGGAGAGGAGCAUGAAGGGCCCAGCAAAAAACCACGCCUGGAGGAGAAACCCAAACUGGAUAAUGAACUAAGUGCGUUGUUUGGAAGCGAAGACCAGGAUUACAGGGGCUUGAUGGAUGUGGAUCAGAGAAAACCAGAUACUCCCAAACAGAAAGGAUGGGCUCAGUAUAGACAUGACCACCCAGGGGAGUUUUCUUAUGAGAUAGAGCAUGAGAAGAGGGACAUGGAUCACAGAAGUCCCCUCGACAUGGACCACAGAAGAGAUGUAGAUUUUCGUAGUAAGAAGAGUGAUGUAGACCUACGGAGUGUUAGUGAAUCUUCCAAAAAUAUGGACAUUCCAAAUGCUCUCUCCAUAGAAAACAGAGAACACAUUCUUGAACAGAUCGAAAAGCGUAGAAAAUCUGGAGAAUUAACAUAUGAAAAGCACCAAGAACUUCUGAAAGAUUUGUCUAGGCUGGAUGUAUUGCAAAAGAUUCAGCAAGAGAGGGAAAAGUUGAAAGAGAGGGAUUCUGAUUUUCAGUCAGGAGCUCCAAAUGAAUGGCAAGCAAAAUCAAAAGAAAAUGUACCAUGGCCACCUCACAGUAAAGAUAAGCCACCAGUGGAGAAAGAGGAAUCAAAUUUCACAGAAAAAUGGCAAGAGAAUCGCAGACCACCUCCUAGAGAUUACAACAUUGAAGAUAGAGAAUAUCGGUCUCCUAGAAGUGACUUUGACAAUGAUUCAAGAGACAGGUUUCCACCACCAUUUAAAAGAGAAAGGCCGGCUCCACCUGAGGGCCCACACCAAAGGUUUGAUGGCCCACCUGAUGAACGGAGACCUCCUAUGGAUGUUGAUAGAGGGGGAAACAUGCAUGGACCCCCACAAAGGAUGGGAAGACCAGGCCAGGGUGAUGAGCGAUUUCCUCCCUCUGAUUGGCAAGGGCCUCCUGAUAGAGACUUUAAUAGAGAGGCUUGGGACUAUGAUGGAAGAGGUCCUCCUCCUCCUGGAAGGCCACCUCCAGAAUUUGGAGGUCCCCCAUUCACAGACUUUGAUGGGCGAGGACCUAGGAGGGGAAUGGGACCAAGAGGUAGAGGAACUAGAGGUCGCAACUCCCCUGUUUAUCGAGGAGGACCUAUGGAUGAAGAAUUUCCACCUUAUGAUAAGGACAAUCGUAGACCAGAUGACAGAUUUCCUCCCAGAGGUGCAUGGCAUGGUGGUAGAGGGUGGGAUAGAGGCCGUAGGGGAGGUCCUCGAGGUGACUUUGCAGGACGUGGUGGAAUGUACCAUGGACCUCGAGGCCCACCCCCUCCUCGUGACAUGGAUGAUAGAAACUUUGAUAACAGACCUCCAGAAUUCAUGAAUAAACCAAGACCUCCUAUGCGACCCUUCCCUAACAUGAAAGACUCUCGUUGGGCAAAUCUCAGCAACUUUCUUAGGUCUGAUGACACUGAGGAGUUUGUGAUAGAUGGUAAACCCUUUCAUAUCAAAGUUGGUGCUCCUCCAAGAAAGGUUAGAUUUGGAAAAGGCCAGAUUGAAAUAUUUGCUGAUCCCAAUCAGAGAUGUAUUCUUGUGGAUGGACAGAAAGUGUAUACUUUUGGAGAUUAUGUUCGAGAAGUUAAAUUGCCAGGAGAAGGAACAGGAAGAACUUUCAAAGUAUUUUAUCAUGGGGCAGCAAGACAACUUUGGAUUGAUGGAGUACUACAUGAACUGAGAUUAGAUGCUCCACCAAAGAUAAUAUCAAUCAAAGACAAAGAACAUACUAUUAGAAUUGAUGGCAGAGAUGGCAUGAUUUUGUUAGACAAUAAAGAGCUCGGGGUUUUUGGAGGUCCUCCUAGAUUUGUGUUCAUCGCAGGAAAUCGCUGUGAGCUUAGAUUUGAACCACCGCCAAGGCAAAUACUCAUUGAUGGCAAUUUAUGUGAACUAAAACUGGACAGGAAAAUUCCUUGUGUGAUGAUUGAGGGUGUUCCACAUGGCAUUCGCUUUGACGGUCCACCCAGGGAGAUAAUUGUAAAUAACAUUCCUCAUAUUGUUCCAAUGGAUAGAGCUGUCAAGAUACGUAUUGGCAACAGACCACACAAUAUUGCUUUUGGUGGCCCUGCUCAUGAAGUGAUUUUUGAUGGCAAGUGGUACGAGGUGAAAUUUGAUGGCCCUCCUAAAAUCAUUGUUGUUGGAAAUCGACAAGUGGAAAUUCAGCUUAAGGGAAAUUCACCCGAUGUUAAAAUCUUAGAGCCGAUUGAGGAUCCACAGCUAAUGUUGCCUGUGAACAAUGUUGGAUUUGGACCAAAUGGAAUGCAAGGACCAAGAAUGAGACCCCCUGGUCCUGGAAACUUCCCUCCUGAUAUGCCCAAUAUGAUGAAUAGAGGACCCAACAGACCUAUGGGACCUAUGGGACCUGGACCUAUGGUGAGCCAAAGACCUUCAAUGAUGGAUGGUCCAGCAGGACCAAAUCAACCAAUGGGUAACCUACCAAUGAUGCAGCCACCCACUUCAAUGAUGCCAAGCCAGCCUCAGCCAGGCAUGAUGAUGGGACCUGGAGCCAACCCUCCAAUGAUAAGCCAGGGAUUCCCAAUGGCGCAAACCACGUCAAUGAUGCCCUCACAGAGUAUGACCACAGGUGGAAUGCCGGAGAUGAUGACAGGUCCUAUCACAAGUGUUCCAGUAGCUGAUGUUAAUCUAACCACUAGUCAACCAUUCUCAAUCCCAGGCUUUAGUGCUCCAGCACCAGCUGCAAGUUCAGCACCACUGGAUAUCAGCUCUCUGUUAGAUAGACUGUUACAGACAGGUAUAAUAUCCAAACCAGAGAAGAGAGCCGAGGAGCCUGUGGCUGAGGCAAGCAGUGUCAGCAGCACACCAGUGCCUGAGUUUAAAAAAGAGAAGAUUGAUGUGGUUCCUGACUUGUUGGAUCUUAAGACAGACAGCUUGAAAAAGCAAUACAAGGGUGUGUUCCAGAGAAUGUACAGUGGUAUCCAAUGCACGUCGUGUGGAAUGCGCUUCACCUCAAGCCAGACGGAGCGUUACAGGGAACAUCUGGAUUGGCAUUUCCGUCAAAACCAGCGAGAAAAAGAUGGUGCUCGAAUUAUGUUACACAGGAAAUGGUUCUACUCACUGGAUGAAUGGAUUGAUUAUGAGGAGAUUGAUGAGUCUGAAGAUAAGGGUAAAAGUAGUGUGUUUGAACAGAGUAAACCUGGAACAACAGCUGAAGUUCCUACUGUCAAAAUCAACAUUCCAGAAAACGACGACAUUCUCAGGUGUCCUGCAGCGUCAGACGGUGAAAAUGUUUGUGAUAUUUGUGGAGAUCCGUUUGAUCAAUACUGGGAUGAGGAGGCAGAAGAAUGGCAUCUGAAGGAUGCAGUUCGAGCAGAGGGCAAGACUUACCAUCCAGUUUGUUAUGAAGAUGAGAAAGAGGGCAGCAUCUUGGAACCAAGUCCAACACCUACUCCGAAGACAGCAGAAAACAAUCCCCUCAUUAUGCAAAUAAAAAAAGAACUUGGUCAGAUCCCUGCAGAUACAGUGAUUCAGUACCAAGAGGACAUGAUUGUGAAACCGAAAGUGAAAAUAGAGCCAAUGGAAGAGGAAACUGUCGCAGAGACCCCUGAAAAAACAGAGACUAAAGAAACUGUCGUUGAUACACCCAUUGUAAAACAGGAAGAAGUGGACGUCAAGCCAGAGAUAAAGGAGGCAGAUACUCAACCAGACCCAGUUCCUCAGGAGACUGUAACUCCAGUUACUGUAAAAGAGGAAGUUUCAGAGGAUAAUUCUUGAUUUUAAUGUGAUUCUAUAUCAGUUGUAUAAGGGCUUUCAAUGAAAUGCAUGUGUUUUCAGGGAUAAGUUAAUACAUGUAGAACAUGUACAUAGAUUUGGAUGAAUGAUAGAGGUUGUAAGGUAGUGUGUGAAUGCUUUUAAGAAGCUUAUUUGUAAUUCAAAAUAUUUAUUUGGUAGUUUUAUAAGACUACAAGUGAAGUGCUUCAAAUUCAAUGCACCUUUUUGAAAGUGGGCCAUUGAAUGUUAUUUAUUUUGAUUUCUCUGAUUGUUUCUGAAGGUAACAGUUGAUUUUGAAAGGUAGUGCUUACUAAUUUCUAUUCUCUUCAUAUGAAACACUUAGAUCACCAUUCACCAUAAUACUUGAAGAUAUUCUUCCAGGUAUUGUAAAAAUUAUAGCUUCAUUUUACCAUUUCAUAGAGUAAAUAGUCAUCAAUUUUCAAAAUUUGUUACUAAAUUGUAUAUUUUAUGAAAUGUCUCAUUCCAAUUUGAUGCCCACAAUAUUGUUAUUGUUUAAAGAUUCUGUUAUACAUGUGUAUCCUAAUAUGACACUGUUCAGUGACUUAAAUAAAAUUGAAAAAAAAAUAAUA